GCUAUUUGUUAUAUGUGAGCAUUAAAGCGAUGGUUUUUGACUAUGUUGUGGUCGCAAUUAAAUGUUUAAAAUUAGUUUAUUAGUUGCAGCUUAUCUCUUAGUAUUGUGCAGUGGAGUAUGUUUAGUGUGAUAAAUAAUUGUCUCGCAUCUGUUUGCUUACACAUUUUUUUAUUUCAAUUGAUAAAUUUAGAUAGGCUUCGCAGAAGUAUUGAUUAAACCCCAGUAAAUUUAUUCUAGAGGAAUUGUAGCACUCUACUAUGAAUAGCCUGAACUUGAUCAUUCAAGUACUCCACCAUUAGAGACCACUACAAUUUACAUGUUGUCUAAAUGUGCAUUCUACUACACAGCUAGACCCCUUGCUGCUAUUGCUACCCUUACUUUGUUAGUCAACAGCUGACUAUGCGAAGUUAUGACGUAAAUACUAGUGUUGUGAUAGUUUUCAUCAAUCAUUUUUUUUCCAAAGACUAUGCAUAUUAUACACAUACAUAUUACAUGCCUCCCAAUUUUUUUAAUGAAAAAUACUGACAAGUUGUUUAUGAGGUAUCUUAGUAUGUGUCGAGGGAUGUUUAUUUUACAAAUUUUACUCUAUGCCUCUAAUGGGAGAGGCAGCAAGCGAUAACCACGAUUUUCUGAAUUUCGUUCUGCAAUGCUCAGCAAUUGCGAUCUUUUAAGAUGUUCCAAGAUACUUUAAAGAGUUAGUAUGCAGUGCGAGGGCUGGCCACAAUUAUUUGUCAUUUGCAUUGCUUCUAAAUUCUAUUAUGGAUAUGCUAUAUAUGCUUUCAUUUGUAUCAGAGUGACACAGUAAGCUGAGCUGUUGAUGUUAAUUAAUGCCAAUUCAGGCUCCGCAAUGGAUGGACUACCUCAACUGUCCAGUGUGCUGCCGAGAGUUUGGCCUUGCUCCCCGGAGCCCAAUUAGCUUAGGUUGCGGCCAUACUCUCUGCAAACAAUGCCUCAAAAAUUUACAUCGAAAACAAUGCCCUUUCGAUCAGACCGUGAUUCAAACGGACCUGGAGGAGUUAGUGGUGAAUACAGCGUUGCUUCAGUUAGCCGGGUACCGUCCGGCCGCAGCGCCCUACCAUCCGCCAUGCAUUCAAGCUUUGCCGGAAAACGAGAGGUGGGCGUACGACAAUAUAGUACGCUGCUUAGAACAACUUGCACUCUACCUCUACUGCAGCAGUGGCAACAAUAGUAUGACUGGUACAAGAUUGUCAAGACCUAUGCAGCGUAAGUUGGUGUCGCUAUUGCAAUGUGCGGUAACUGACGAGGAAGGCAGAGGGCGAGCGGCGCGCGCUGCCAGGUCUUUAGGCGAGAGAACUGUCACCGAACUCAUAUUACAACAUCAGAAUCCCCAACAACUAAGUGCAAAUUUAUGGGCGGCGGUAAGAGCUCGCGGCUGUCAGUUUCUGGGCCCUGCAAUGCAAGAGGAGGUCCUCAAAUUAGUAUUACUAGCCUUAGAAGAUGGUUCAGCAUUAUCUCGAAAGGUGUUAGUGAUGUUCGUUGUCCAAAGAUUAGAACCUCAUUUCCCUCAAGCUUCUAAGACGAGUAUAGGACAUGUUGUACAACUGCUCUACAGGGCUUCUUGUUUCAAGGUCUCCUUUCAGGUGUCAAAACGUGAAUGUGAUUCAUCGUUGAUGCAGUUGAAGGAUGAAUUUCGUACUUACGAUACAUUGCGUCGCGAACACGACGCUCAGAUAGUACAGAUAGCAACUGAAGCCGGUCUGAGGAUAGCUCCGGACCAAUGGAGUGCCCUAUUAUAUGGUGAUAGUGCGCACAAAAGCCAUAUGCAAAGUAUUAUUGAUAAACUGCAAACACCGCAGUCGUUUGCCCAAUCUGUACAGGAAUUGUACAUAGCUCUUCAGAGAACGGGGGAUAUAGCACAACUGAUAGCAAUGAGCAGGCAUCUCAACUAUCUUGCUAGCAUCGAUGUAAGCCCAGAUUCAAAGAGCCCUUCGUGGACACAAUUGUCAGAAAUUAUAGCGUCGAUAAAAGAAGUGAUAGCGAGCCUGCAUUUUUGCCAUCUUCUAAGUAUUAGAGACGGAAAUUGUGCUGGAAGACAUCAUGGACUAGAUCAAUCAACUCGAGUGAUUAGUACUGCAUUGAAUUUUAAAAUGCCGACCUGCAGAGAUUCCGCUACUAGAGAGUUUUGUCCCCGUCGCAACCUCUGUCCGCAGGUGCACUUUGACGAAGAGUUUGACAGGAUAAGUUUAUUAGAAGAAAACCAAGAAGGAUACAACGAGGGUGCAAAUAAUCACGCUGUACCAUACGGACCUACAAUGAGUCUGCCAGCUCCUAUGCCGUUACCUGCAAUGCCGCAGCAGAUGGUUCAACAACAAAUGGCGCCACAAUUUGUGCAACCACUAGCGCUGCCGUUGCCAGCGCAUAUGCCUCUAGGGGCCAUACAACUACCGGCCAAUGUGCCCCUGCAUCCCCACGUGCCCUUGCCACCACAUGUGCCGCUGCCACCACAAGUACCCCUGCCACCACAAGUGCGCAUGCCACCCCAUAUGUAUGCACAGUACCCUGUGCAGCACAAUGCUUCUCAUACAUACAAUUGCGUGCAGCAUGUUUCCACUGUAUCUUUGAUACAGCCAAAUGGAGCUAUGGUACAGAACCACUCGGGGCCUGUAUGGUUCAAUCCUUUUUAUGCGGGAUACUACCCACAUGCAGAUGGUAAUUGCUAUCCUGGACCAGAUUUCAUGCCCAGCAACGUUAUGUUACCGCCAGGGGGAUAUCAAAACGUGGAAGGACCACCACAACCUUCUGAGGGGGCAGCGUUUGUUCCGCAACAGUUUAAUACUGCAAGAGCUAGCCCAUAUAAUACGGAUGGUGGUCACAUCGACGGCCCAGCCGAUUACAUGAAUUCCUUUGACUUUCAACCGCACAAUGGAAACCAAGUGCAAUCCACAUGGCCAGAGAACAACGUGUUUAAUUUUUCUGUAAUGAGCAGUGCACUUGAUGAAAUUAAUUCAAACAAGAUGUUUGCUGGACCGCAAGUAGUGCUGGAGAACACAGCAAAUAACUUGAUGGCUUCAUCCUACAACGCAGCCGAUAUUGACUGCCUAGAUGAGCAAAUGCUGGAAGAAGAGAUGCAGGCUUUGGAAAUUCGUAUCGGCGCUGUUUUGAAGAGCGCCGAAUAAAUGACAUUACAGAAAACUAUACAGCGUGUCCGGAAAAAGACGCAAAUGUAGUAUAAAAUUUUCUUUACCUUAAGUCUACGUAGUAGUAAAAAACCUUUUGCUUAUUAAAAAGAACGGACGCUGUAUUUCUUGUGUAUAACAACAAAGGCAGAUUUGAAAAAAUGUAAGCGUAGAUAAUUUAAAAAAUGAACUAAGACUGUAAAAGUGUCUAUACGGGUACGGGUAAUGUGUUCCACUGAAAGUGUGAUAUAUCUUAAAAGUUGGAUUUUAUCGAAACGGUGUAGGAACGUUAGAAAAAAAAAUAAUGAAACUGAGUCUGAAGAAAUUUCCUGCCUUUGUCAUUAUACACUUUUCAUGAAAAAGCUUUUUU